AAUACGGUGACAUAUUAUAAAGUGUCAAUAGUGGUGUUACCUUAGGUAGAUCAGAUCACCACGAGGUAGUAAUUCGGGCGAGUACCAAAAUCUAACAGGCAUCAGUUAUAGUUGCCAUCGUAAAUCGGUUUGCUAACGCGACUGUCAUCGCGUGUUAGCUAUGAUACUUAACGGACGACGGAAGCGAUGCGCGACGAACGAGAAGAGUUCUCUUAAGCGAUUCCGGAAAUCGGGACUAGAGGGAGGCGCAGCGCGGAUGAGCGAUGAGGAUUUUAUAGAUCAUCUGAAAAAAGUCAUAAGACAUCUCUUCUGUUUUCUAGGACCAUAUGCAUGUGACAACGACCCAAAUAACAGAGACCUGAAACUAAAAGCGUUGAAGUUGUUCGAAGGCCUCGGUGUAAAACCUGACGGAGAAGCUAAUUUAAUGCAACAUGAUAUUAAAGAUGCGGCUAUGCGGGAGUUGCUUAUUUACAAGCUACGAUACGAAAUGGACCUUUUAAAUGAUAGUGCACGCCUUAGGAACUUAUUUGAUACUACUGUGGAUAAAGUAACAGUGUAUUUCCUCGGUCUUUACGAUUACUACCUCAAGGAGCAGAUACCGGUCUACGGCGAAGACGACACAGACUUGCCCGAGGUGAUCGUUACAUUUGCGAACGGACAGCAAAUCAGACUUGGGACGGAUCGUCAGACACUAACGAUCACACAUGAUAUGGGAUCUGUGAGACUGAAACUUAUCUUACAUGACAAGUAUCCUGCUUUUGACCCUGCAACCUCUCCCAAGGAACCGCCUGCCCUUGAUCUACACUUCAUGUUUGCUGAGCCUCAAUUCCCUGCUUCUAAUGACUACUACUAUUUGUACUAUACGUGCGUUUUCCCUUACAUCGAAAAGGAGCUAAAGGAAAGCAUUUAUUACUAUAAGGUUGUUAUUGCUGCACGUUGGGGCAGUCCGCGUGCUGGAGAGGCACCUCCUGUUUUUAGGAAAACACUAGUUAAUGAGGUCAAGGACGCAAAAUCUAAGCAAAUUUAGCUUCUUCGACCACUCCAGUGCCCUUCAUAUCUGAGAUUUCGUUCUGCGGAGUAAGUGCGAUAGCCAUUAAUCAAUCGUUUGGUGACUGUAAUUGUUGCUAUCGCAAGUUCCAAUAAAAAGUACAAGGAACUUAUCGGUUUAUUUAA